CCCGGCAGCUGCAGCGGAAACUUCUGGCGCCCUUAUCGCCCGCGACCUGAGGUUAGGCGCUGCCGUGGAAACGGGCUGAAGUGACAGUGACAGCUGGCGGCAGUGACACCCGCUCCAGCUCCUCUGGCACUCUGGCUACGGCUCAGGCGGGAUCUCCUGCAGGCUUCCCACAGGUUUCUCUGGUAGGGGCGGCCAGGGUAGCGGCCAGACAAUACGCCCUAGCUGGCUCUGCCACUGCCACGGCUGAACUGCGGUGGACUGGGAUUCUGUGAAGCUACUGUGAGAAACAUGGGAGCAAAGGGGUCGAGGGAUCUGGAAGCUAGGGAAUCAAGGAGGAAUGAAGAUCCGGGGGAGGCGCCGAUAUCAUUGGAUAGGAUCCGCAGGAAUGCCACCGUCCUCAGCUUGGCCACGCGCCGCCUGGCUAAGGCCCCUGAUGAGCUGUGGGAGCUGUCCAAGCUGGAGAAGCUGAACCUAUCCCUGAAUCGGCUGCGUUCCCUACCCCCUGCUGUGGGCCGCCUGCAGAGCCUGGUUCUACUGAACCUGUGGGGGAACCAGCUGGACAGCCUGCCCCCUGAGAUUGGGUGCCUGGCCAACCUGCGCGUCCUCUUCGUCUCCUACAACCGGCUGACAGAGAUCCCGGAGGAGCUGGCCGAAUGCACCAAGCUGGAGGUGCUCAGCCUGGAAGACAACCAGAUAUCGAGCCUUCCUGGGAGCCUUGCCGGCUUGACGCGGCUGAGGAAACUCAACCUCAGCCACAACUGCAUCGCCCACAUCCCCUGCUGCGUCUACAGGAUGCAGGACCUCGUCUUCCUGCACCUGGCCUACAAUCGUUUGGAGAACAUCGCCGAACAGAUCCAGGUUCUGGUCAACCUCAAGACCCUCAUUCUGGAGGGAAACUCCAUCCGCAUCCUUCCCAAAUCCCUUUGCUUCUUGGAUUCGCUGGAGCUGCUCAACGUGGACUUCAACAAGAUCGAGAACAUCCCAAUGGAAAUGUACCUUCUGAAGAACUUGGAGAGACUGGCCUGCCAUCCUGUAGACAAGGGCUUGCACAUCAUGCAAAACCCAUUGUCAAAACCUAUAAAGGACAUUCUGAAGGGAGGACUUGAUGCUCUCUAUAAUUACCUGAAGUUGCUGUGAUAUGUUUGCAGGAGUCACAGUCUGCUUUGGCAGUUACAGACAUCGGCGUGACCUUACAGGCUACCAUAAGCAGCAGAAAGUGCUUUUAUGGUAACAUUUUUUUUUUAUGGGCAAGUACUUAAUUGCUAUGCAUAGAAAGAAUUGAAUAUCAAAUUUAAUUGAUGUCGCUCAUUUUUAUAAAUGCACUUUAGAGAAGAGUCUUCUGAGGUGGGAAAAAUUAAAAUGCGACAGAAAUUAGAUUGGAAAUAAAAUUGCUAGAGGAGAUUCCAUCCUACUGGAGGGUGAUUAAGCAGAGCGCUUCGUAAAUAAUUACACCGGAAACCUUUUUAAGCUAGAUUUAAAUUUCAGUGAGUCUUAUGGUAGCAGAGGUACAGAAAUGUUACUUUAUUAGUUAAAUUGGUUAUUAUUAUUAUUAUUAUUAUUAUUACCCACACCAGAAUUUCAUCAGAAAGUUUUUUUUUAAUAUCACCUGAAUGCAGCGUGUGUGCUUAUGUGCUUGUGUUAGACGUAACUGAAUUGUCAGACAAUUAGUUAUAUGACCACGCCUCUCCUUAUUAUUUAUUAAAUAAUUUGCUGAUGUGGGCAACUGUAAAUUGCUUUCAUGGUAAAGCGAAUAUAUUUAGCAUAACACGUUUAAAAUGUCGCCGCAGAUUGCACCAAGGCGGGGGUGAUAAAUGAAGACAAAGUUUUGUUCCAGAUGUUCACAUAAAGGGUUAUUAGAGUAUGGAACCAUGGGAGUUAAUAGCAGAAAUGAAAGCAGAGAUUCCAGGGCUCAUCCUUUAAAAUGCUGCCUUGUUUUGGAGCAUAGAGGUUAUUCAGUGUAGUUACUUUCACUCCUGUUGGCUGGGGAUCGCAGGAGUGAAAAGGCAAUUUCCGCUAUACAUUUACAUACAGUAUGUAGCAGCAUUUUUGUCCAAAGAAAUGUACAGGUGGGGAUCAGAGAGACAGCAUCCCUGGGGUUGUUAGGGUUAAGGGAUUUGUUCAAGGGUCCAACAGUAAUAUUAGCACUAAGCCUGAAACAGGAUUUGAACCAGCAACUUUAUGAUCACUGGUGUAGUUCCUGACCCUCAAUACCACACCCCACCACCCCCUGCCCACAUUAUUUAUCCUCUGUGAGUCUUAGACUGGGUUGCUGGGAGUAAGAUCAAGCGUGCUAAUGGAAACCAUGGGAGAAACAUCGAACCCAACUGUAAGGUUGUUAGCAAGCGUGCUAAUGGAAACUAAGGGAGAAACAUCAAACCCGACUGCAAGGUUGUUAGCAAGCGUGCUAAUGGAAACUAUGGGAGAAACAUCAAACCCAAAUGUAAGGUUGUUAGCAAGCAUGCUAAUGGAAACCAUGGGAGAAACAUCAAACCCAAAUGUAAGGUUGUUAGCAAGCGUGCUAAUGGAAACUAUGGCAGAAACAUCAAACCCGACUGUAAGGUUGUUAGCAAGCGUGCUAAUGGAAACUAAGGGAGAAACAUCAAACCCGACUGUAAGGUUGUUAGCAAGCGUGCUAAUGGAAACUAAGGGAGAAACAUCAAACCUAACUCAAGGGUUGUUAUAAACCAUGAUGAAAUUAACACCCCUUACUGUCAGCACAGUUCCCUACAAAAUGGUCUGCCAAGUACCAGUUAGAUGAGCCUGGCACCUGUCACAGGCUCAGCCAUUUCAGACAUCUCCCCGAAUUUGAUUUACAUGGCUAGAUGUUUAUUUAUGUCACAGCAUAUUUGUCUCCUGCAGCGGUUCAGGUCCUGUCUGUACCUGUCUUCAUACCAAUGAUGUUGUGGCUGAUGAGAUACAUGGAAAGCCCCAUAACUUCACAAGAAAAACUUUGCUUGCUCUACCAGGCUUUCAUCUAACCAAGUGAAAACCAGGAAUCAAAAUACUAAUUAUUUUAUAGACAAUUAUAUUUAAAAAAUCUACUUCACUGUUUUAUAUUCUAUUUCUGUACUAUACUGUAUUCCUUAUAUACUGUAUUGUAUUCCUGUCCAAGGUGUCCCCAGCUGUGUGCCCUGUGCAUUCUGAGAUAGGCACCAGGCUCACUGUGACCCUGUACUGGAUAAGCAGUUAUGGAAGGUGUAUGGAUGGAUGGAUGUAGGCAUGCAUGUAUGGAUGCAUUAGCACCAUAUGAAAUAAAACUGUAUUAAUAAUAUUACU